AAUUAACGAUGGAGAAUCCAACCAAGAGGCCGAGCUCCGCCGACAGCAGCACCAGGAGUAGCAGGAUCGGCAGCGUCAGCGGCGGUGACAAGAAGGGAGAAUCCAAGCCGGAGGCCUCGGCAUCGGCAUCGGGCUCAGCAGCAGUGCCAGCAUCGCCAGUAGCAGUAGCAUCGCCAUUGGCGGCGUCGGCAACGCCAGCUCGAGGAUCGCGAUCGUCGUCCGUGAGGAAGUCGAGCAUCUCUCUGCGCGGCGACAAGAAUGUAAGGUUCUUGAACUGUCCUUUGUGCUCCAAGGUCUUCAAGCACGCGGUGGAGACCGGGUGUGGGCACGUAUUCUGUGCGCGAUGCCUCCAAAACAGCUUCACCAGAUCCAAAGGAUGCCCGACGUGUGACCGUCCAAUCGAGUACGUGCAUCCUUGUUUCUUGCUGAGGGAGCUAAUUGUCAAGUAUGGUGGGAAACGAGGAGCACGCAUGCUUCAAACGGAAUUCGCACCGUAUCAAGACGACUGCGACAUUCCGGACAUCGAUGAUCCCAUCAUCAUCGCUUCACAGUUUGUUGGAGCUGAUCCUGGAGGGACGUGUUCGUGCGUUACCGGCGGCAUCUUUGAUCCUUCGGACUUGUAUUUUAGUGAGCACCUCCAUGAUUUUGUGAGCGUGGAGGAGUUUUUGGACACCGUUAAAACGAUCAACGAGAUUGUGGCACAUGCAACGCCUGGGCGUGCACAAACCUGCAUGAAUCGUUACGUUUGCUUCUGCUUGUUUUAUGCACAUGCGAGGAACCUUAUCUGCUCAAUCCAAAGUGCAUUGGCGGACUGCAACGUGAGAUAUCCAGAGACUGGUUUGUGGUGGACGUUGAUGCAUCUCGACAGUGAUGUUUAUUCGGCUGGUAAUCUAGACAAGAAAAUGUAUUUGAUGCUGCGAAUUGAUCCAGUGAAAGCUCGCAACUAUCAACACACGGUGGUAGGAGGCUUGAAAGAGGGUGAAUUGGCAAGGCUACGAAGAGAGAAUGUCCUUUUGAGACAUAAAAUGCUUGAGAUUGGUCAGACGACUUACCUCCGCGGCAUCACUGCAAGAAGGGAGAAGUUGAAAGCUCGUGGAAAGUUCCCCCACAGCUUCUAUGCAGAAUAUCCAGAUAGUUAUGUGAUCUCCCCGCGGACAUUGAAGCAGCUCGUACAAUUCAGACCAGGAAGAUCCACCAGAGCGUAUUUUUUGCCACCAUGGGCAAGAGUGAGGUCAAUGAGCAGUGGCUUGCUCCCUUUGAACAGAGAAGAAGACUACGUACUGAGCAAGCUGGGCUCGGGGACACUGUCCAGGUCCAUGUCUCCGUAUAGGCGGCCUUCUGACGCUUCAGCCGGAGGGAGAAGGAGCGAAUCCGGGCCUUCAAACCGCGACUCUAUAUCAUCAGCGGCUGGAAGAUGACUGAUCACCAGAGGCAUUUGUUAGAAAAGGCCAGGAUUUUUAUUACACAGCUCUAGAUGGACAAGGCUGCACAGCAGUAGCAGCAGUGACUGGACUGAUGUAAGCGUGAGUUCAUGCUUUGGUGACGUCGAGUUUUCUUUUCU